UCCACCGACCAAAAUAUCUUCAGUGGUGGGUGAGAGCCCCUCGAUCGAGACAUUAUGGAUGAACCAAUAAGUAUACCAGAGUCAACGUAAACAUAACUGUUGCAGUGAAACAUCAUCAAAGCAAUUAUGUAACCAGAAAUCCGUGAUUUUACCUCAAGACUGAAGACAUUCUCACAGUGACAGGAAUCGGAUCCUCCCUCACCGGCAGCACAGAUCUAGUACCAAAAAAGAAGAAACAAAGAAACGCGCAACCUUGCACGGCACGAUCAAGAGCCGUGCAGCCACAGUAACCUACUUCAGGAGUGCCGCACCACCGUGAGCAUCCAAGUUGCAUUUUCUCCUCUCACCCUAACUUGAUUGUGCCGGAGAAAUGAUUUCAGCAGACGUCACUCAUCUGCAUAGGGAGUAAAAUGCAACCAUCCUGCAUCAAGCUUCUCGCGCACUGAAACUCACUGUACCCUGGCCGUGUGAUUUUAAAGGACCUACUAAUUGCUGCAUAACCGAAACUACAAACAUGGAAGAUAGGAAAACACAUCUGGUUUGCAAACUGUCCAAGAUGGAUGCAGCGCCGCUGUGCGCAGGGAUGCACGGUGGAGCGGCAGCAGGUUGUCUUUAAACGCCCCAUCAUCAUCAUCAUCAUCAUCAUCCUCGCGGUUUUGCCUACAUCUGUGCCUCCGUGUUGUCAGUAAAAAAAAAAAAAAUUCUCUCCACCUUUUUUUUUUGUUGCAGGAGGAGGAUGUUACUAGCAUCCGCCGUGGUGGUAUGGGAAUGGCUGAACGAGCACGGACGCUGGCGGCCCUACAGCCCGGCUGUCUGUCAUCACAUCGAGGCAGUCAUCCGGAGCGACCCGCGGUGUGGUAGUGUUGUCCUCGGCCAGGUGGACUCUCGCCUCUCGCCCUACAUCAUCGACUUGCAUUCCAUGCACCAGUUCCGACAAGACACAGGUACCCUUCGACCGGUACGACGUAGCUUCUACGACCCCACCUCAGCGCCAGGCCAGGGCUGGUUGUGGGAGUGGGAGAACGACGCUGGCAGUUGGACGGCGUACGACACGGAGGUGGGCAUCGCUAUACAGGCAGCACGCGAUCGCCAGCAGCCCUGGCUGGACCUGGCGCCGCUGGGUUUCUGCUACCUCAUUGACUUCGAGAGCAUGACCCAAAUCAACGGGCAGACGCAGCGCUGCCGACGCAUCCAGCGCCGCUCCGACCUGGCUUACCCGCUGGUGUCCGGGCCCCUGCCCAAAUCCCACCACGCCUGGGGGCCCAUGUCCAUGCCCAGCCAUGGAGGACUGCUCGGUGUGGACGUAUCUGGGGUGGGCAUGGGGGUACGGAUGAGCAGCGGUGGGACUGGAAACGGGAGCGCGUACCCCAGUGGGGCGCUCCCGGCCUCAGCCAUCACUUCCUUAGGACAACCCUGCGCCUGUCAGCAGUGUAUGCUGGUGCUGAGUGUCAAAGCGGGCGCCAUGUCUGCUCACACUCUGGGUCGGAGGCCGCCACAGACCAAGCCACCUAGUCCCAAAAUCAGUAGUUACCCCAUCCCAGGGUCUUCGUACUCGCUGACACUCCCUCGGCCUCCUUCCCUGUCUCGGUCUUACUCCCCCCACAGGACGUCCAUAGUCGGGGUGCCAGGUGGCUUCAGUGUUGGUGGUAUGGGUGGUGCAGGAGGCGUCGGUUUCAUCGGCGGUGGCGGUGUUGGCAGUGCCAGCUUCGGUUACGGAGGAGGCUUCCCCCACUCACUGUCCUUCCUUGGCUCAGCCACCGGUGCCCUCUCCAUCUCCUCCACCCGGCCCCCUCCGCCGCCUCUCCCGCCUCCACCACCGCCUCCCCUUUCCGCCGCCACCACCCUCUCAUCCGCUGCCACCUCCCCCCCGCACCCCUCCACCUCGUCCUCCCUCUCUGCCGCCGGUUCCGCUCCCGCGGCGCCCGCUCCGGGCCCGCCUCUCAUCUCCACCUCUGCCUCCACCUGCACGCCAUCGCCUUCGGCCCGCGUCCUGGGUCCAGUGUCUUCGUCUGGUGCUGCCGCCUGCGCAGCCCCUCUGCCGCCCCGGUCCAGCCUGGCGGGGCUGAGCCGACCUGCGCUGCAGCGUAUAGCCAUGGCUCAGUCGCGCGCCCUUAUUGCCUCUGGAGUGCCAACUGUUCCAGUCAAGAACCUGAAUGGAUCAAGUCCUGUACAUCCUGCACUGGCAGGCAUUACAGGCAUCCUGAUGAGCGCAGCAGGACUUCCUGUCUGCCUGACCCGCCCUCCCAAGCUGGUGCUUCAUCCUCCACCCAUCAGCAAGAGUGACAUCAAGCCCGUCCCCGGUCUGGGCCACUGCUGUCGCAAAACCACCAAGAAACAGGCUCGUAAAGGGAAGACCCCUGAGGAGGUGGUGAAGAGGUACCUUCAGAAAGUCCGCAAUCCGCCAGAGGAGGACUGCACCAUCUGCAUGGAGGCCCUGGCCGGGCCAUCAGGCUACAAAGGCCCCGGCGUGGGUGGCAUCUCCCGGGCCGAGUCAGUGGGCCGCCUCGCACAGUGCGGCCACCAGUACCAUCUCCAAUGCCUCGUCGCUAUGUACAACAACGGCAACAAGGACGGCAGCCUGCAGUGUCCCACCUGCAAGACCAUCUACGGAGUCAAGACCGGCAACCAGCCCCCCGGCAAAAUGGAGUACCACGUCAUCCCCCACUCGCUACCGGGCCACCCGGACUGCAAAACCAUCCGUAUCAUUUAUAACAUCCCUCCUGGCAUCCAGGGCCCAGAGCACCCGAAUCCAGGCAAACCCUUCACUGCCCGCGGGUUCCCCAGACACUGUUACCUCCCUGACAGCGAGAAGGGACGCAAGGUUCUGAGGCUUCUUCUGGUAGCGUGGGACCGCCGGCUCAUUUUCUCCGUGGGUACAUCCAGCACCACCGGCGAGUCGGAUACAGUCAUCUGGAACGAGGUACACCACAAGACAGAGUUCGGCUCCAACCUGACGGGCCACGGCUACCCCGACCCGGGCCACUUGGACAACGUUCUGGAGGAGCUCAAGGCUCAGGGCAUCACCGAGGAGGAGUGCCUGCCCAGAGACUGAACAGACGCAUCCAAAAACGCUGUAGACACGAGAAGAAACACGGGAUCCUGGAACGGGAUUCACGGCCAGACAGACAAAUGAACUUAAAAGUAUGCUUAAAAAAAGACAAACAGAGAGAACUUUUACCAACUGAGAAAAAGCAAAACUUUACGGGAGCGUUGGAGUAAGUGUUUCAGCAGAUUUUGCUGGGAAUUAAAUGUCAUGACUGCAUGAGUCAGUUACGAUACAUGGGAAGACUUUUUUUUUUUCCUCCCAAUGCAGUAACCGUGUCAAGAUCCAAGAUGUUAUUCAGUGAGACAUUUGAGACCACUGUGCACAUACAAGUCAGUGUUGGUUUAAAAAAAAACAAAAAAAACAACAACAACUGUCAUUUAUACUGUGAGACUUCAUUUCAAGAAUGUAACUUAAGUGAAUUUAGCUGAAUUGAUCAAGUGUUUACCACAACUACUACUGCUGCUGCUGCUAUGUGGAGCUGAACGGAGGUUACACUGAAAAGGAGUGAAGGUCUGUAAGUUGUUUCAAGUCCACAAGCAGAAGAAACUUGUCAUUGCAGAUAAAUAUUUCAAAUGUAUAACUGGAUAUCUGAGCAUGAAUAUUUGCUGACCUCUAGUGGUACUUUUCCAGAACUACAUUCCUGUUUAGGUUUGAUUUAUAUUUUAUUGUAUUGUUGUAUAUUAUGAAUACUUGAUAUAUGAUAUUGUUUCCAUUCUGUCAUGUUUUUUUAACAUUUUAAUUAGACAUGUUGUUUUAUAUGGUGUGCUUCUUUGCAUUGUUUUCAGUUGUGGGGUGAAGUUAAGAUAAACUGCUGGUGUACCAGAGUUUGCCUGACACUUUAUAUGCCAUAUACCAGCCCCCUUUCUUUAACAAAAUUGUUUUGUUUUUUUCUCAGUAUUUUGUAUUAGAUUAGUUCACAAACUGACAUUCCUUAAUUGUUCUGCCCUCAGAGCAUGGGUGCAUUUAAUAGCUUUCUAUGUCUUCUUGUAUCUGCAGUAAUGUUAAGAACUGAUAGAGGAUAGGCGACUAUGGAUUACACCAUUCCCCCCCCCAGGAGGAGUAAAUUCCCAAAAAGCUAGGAUUGGACCUCCUGCCUGAGCUCAGACUUGCACAGAGCUUUCUACUUAGUAUCAAAAUGAACCAGACAGCUUGUAUCUACUGUAUAAUUGUGUAGGACACACACACACCAGCCUCAAAUGCUCUACUCACACUAAACAUGUGCUCAUCAGUUGUUUUCAUCAUAUGUAGUUUUUGCCAUGAGCAGGUGCAGAAGACUAUCUCUUGUUGUGGAUCCAGCUUUGGCCAAAGUGGUCCAGUUAGUGUGCAUUCGGUCCAUUGUGGACCGGUUUAAUAUGAGGUACAGUAGAUGAGAUGUACAACCGUAUGUGUUGACAUACUAAUGUAGGCCAACAUUAAAAGCAUUUAUACUUUAUGAUACUUACUGUAUGCACUGUAUUGUAUGUAUGUGUUUUAUGUGCACAAAUUUGCAUUAAACGUUUUUCUAAGGUUC